GACAGGCGUCGAGAUAUCCGCCAGAAAAGGACGCGUCUGCACAGCGCGUGAGGGCAGGGAACAAUGCACUGAAAGGAAGGCGCUAACUGCCGAGAGGGAGGGCAGGGAAGGGGGGAAGGGGGGAGGGGGCACCGGUGGGGAGCUGGAGCUGGCUGCAGCUGGCGACUCUGGCUCUCCUAGGCUGCUGGGCAAAGGGAGCGCUCACGCAGCGAGGAAGUGCCGGGCGGCUGCAGCGGUUCCUCGCGCCAGUUCGAGAGGCUCAGCGGGGACUUAAGCGCCGGCUGCCUCCUCAGAAAGUUACCCCAGCUGCUUCGGGGGAGCAGUUCUUGCUGCUUUGGCAUCGCGGAGGAGGAAGAGGGGCUGCGCAGCCCAACGCUGCGCCGAGGUGCAUACAAAUUAGCUGCAAAAAGAAGAUAAAGGGCCAUUGGACUUGGUAAAAGACUAGGAAGGAUCUGAGUAAUCAUUACCGGCACCAGGACACAAUAGUGCAAUGCCAAGAACACUUUCCUUGGAGUAAGUCCCACUGAAUCAAUCUCAACAGAAUUUUGAGUAGACCUUCCUGGAUUGUUCUGACAAGCUUGGCCAAUAAAAGAUACAUGGGACGUAUAAACCAAUAGAGAUAAAAAAGAGACAUUGGAAGAACUGUACAGGAUUAACCUGAUUGCACAGCCAUGGAAGGAGAUUGUUUGAGCUGCAUGAAGUACCUGAUGUUUGUCUUUAAUUUUUUCAUAUUUCUGGGUGGCACAUGUCUACUUGGAGUUGGAAUCUGGGUCAUAGUGGAUCCCACUGGAUUUCGAGAGAUAGUAGCUACUAAUCCUCUGCUGUUCACUGGGGCAUACAUCAUGCUGGCCAUGGGAGCAAUGCUCUUUCUGCUGGGUUUCCUUGGGUGCUGUGGAGCCAUCCGUGAGAACAAAUGCCUGCUCCUCUUUUUCUUCAUGUUUAUUUUGCUAAUCUUCCUGGCAGAACUCUCAGCUGCAAUCCUGGCUUUUAUCUUUAGAGAAAAUCUGACCCGAGAGUUCUUUACCAAGGAGCUAAAGAAGCACUAUCAGGGGAACAAUGAGUCAGAUAUCUUCUCUUCCACCUGGAAUUCAGUCAUGAUAACAUUUGGCUGCUGUGGUGUCAAUGGUCCAGAAGAUUUUAAAUCUGCUUCACGUUUUCAACUUCUGUAUUCACACGAUGCAUUUCCUGAAGCUUGCUGCCGACGGGCGAUCCAGUCUCGAGAUGGAAUGUUUGUCAGCAAGGAAAACUGUCUCAUGGGGAAGGAAAUAUACCAAAACCGGCAGGGUUGCUACACUGUGAUCCUGAACUCUUUUGAGACAUAUGUAUACCUUGCGGGAGCACUUGCGAUUGGGGUUUUAGCCAUUGAGCUAUUUGCUAUGAUCUUUGCCAUGUGCCUCUUUCGAGGAAUCCAGUAAGAAGCAUCCCAUGAUGAGCUGAGAAUUUUUUCUGACCAUAUGUUUUGAAGAAAGGAAAAA